AAUAAUAAUAACAAAACAAUAAUAAUAAUGAUAACAUGGAAUCCAAUUGAAAAUUAAGCUCAACCCAAUGUUACAAUUAUCGAUUCGUAUUCAUAGUUAUUACCUCCUCCUUCCUCUUCAUCAUCCUCAUCUCUAUUUUCUUGCUCUCUCUCUCUCUCUCUCUUUUCAUCAUAACAUCUCAUUUUUAUCUUCAUCUAAACAAUAACAACAACAACAACAAACGACAAUAGUUUCCAAACAGUCGAUAAACAUUUACAUCCAACAAUAAGUAAACUUGAUAAUAAGUAAGGAAAAGUUUUCCAAGUUUUUUUUUCCUCAUCAAUCAUUAGUUUUCUUGUUCUUGGACAUUUUUUAAUUGUGAUUAUUGUGAUUUAAUCAUCAUGUGUGAAAAAGAGACACCAAAUUCAGUCGUUGAAUAUCAGAUUCAAUUGCAACUUUAUGCUCAAGCGGCUGCAGCUCGAUUGAGACUUGCUCAUCCCUCGCUGGCCGUUGCCGCUGCGGCCUCAGGUAAUCCGGCUGCUGUGGCCGCUGCUGCGGCUUAUAACUUUGCCACCAUCAAUGGUUAUCCUCAUCCAGCCUUUAGUGACAAUAGCAUUUCUCCCUAUCAUGGUUUACCCCAUUUCGGUCGGUAUGAUGGCCGUUUCAGAUUCAUCAAUGAGGAACCUAAACCUCAACACUCUUACAUUGGCCUGAUCGCUAUGGCGAUACUUAGUACACCAGAGCAACGGAUGAUCUUAAGUGAUAUUUAUAAAUAUAUUCUUGACAAUUAUCCUUAUUUUCACCAUCGAGGUCAUGGUUGGCGAAAUUCAAUUCGACACAAUUUAUCACUUAAUCCUUGUUUCAUUAAAUCAACUCGAAGUGCCAAUGGAAAAGGUCAUUAUUGGACUAUUCAUCCAGCGAAUUUGGAUGAUUUUAAAAAGGGUGAUUUUCGCCGACGAAAAGCUCAACGAAAAGCAGCUAAACAUGAUGGAUAUGCGAUCAGGGAAGAUGAUUCAUCUUCGUCAACAAGUCCAACCCCAACUGAUACACCAACAGAGACAUCAAUUGGUCUGACUGGUUCACCCUCACCACCCACAUCACCCAAUCCAUCACCUCCAUCAACAUCAAUUUCAACCUCAUCUCCAUCCUCCCUUUCAUCAUCAAUCUCACUUUCCACCUCAUCUUCAACACCUUCACCAAUCAUCACAACGGUAACACCAAAUUCAAACACUAUUACACUUCAAAAUUUAACUAAUAACAAAAAUCUAAUAUCAGCAACAAUUAGACCACAAAUUAGUUACUCUUACCAUCAACAAUUUCAACAUCAACUACAUCAACAUCAUCUUCAACUCCAACUACAACACCACCAUCACCAACAACAACAACAGCAACAGCAACAGCUUCAACAAAUCAACAAUCAAAUAUCAUGUUCACCAAUUAAUUUACAAUUAACUCAAUCAACACGAUCAACAUCAUCUCCAGUUGAAUCAACUCCAUCACCAUCACCAACAAUUGACACAUCAACCUCGCCAACAUCAACAACAACUAAAUCAUCAACAAGAAACAAAAAAUCAAGUAAAUUGCCAAUAUCAGUAAAUCAACAAAAAGUUAAUCAUGAUGAUGACAAUCAACUUUUCAUUAAUCAUCACAAUCAACAAAAUUGCUCAACAACAGUUACUUUAACAGGUAAUGAUUAUCCCAAUAAAAAGAUUAAGAAAGAAAAUCCUGAAAAUUUAAUCAUCGAAAGAGGAAUCAAUGAAUCAAUUGAAUUAGAAGAUAAAUUGUUACAAUUAAAUCAUGAUUCCAUCAAGACAACAACAAUUAACAAUAAUAAGCGGACAUUUGAUGUUGAAUCACUUUUAGCUCCUGAUGCUAGUAAAUCCUAAAGGAAGACAAUUUAAUUGCAAUUAAAUCUUCAAUCAUCACAAUCAACUAAAUUUUAAUCACCAAAAUUUGCUAACAAUUAAAAUUUGAUUCUCCAGUUUUUUCUUUUUUUCUCAACAAUUAACUCGCCAAUCUAAUUAAUCCAAUGAAGUUUUCCUCUUGUUAAUUGCAUUGAUUAACUUUCCAAAUGAACUUACAAUCAAUUUAAACAAUUGGAUUCCCUGUUAUCAUCUUCAUCCCUCCUGAUUGCAAUUAACUAAUCAAUAUAUUAAACAUCAAUCUAAAUGUAUCUUUUAAUCAGUUAUCAGUAAUCAAUUAUUAUUAUUAAUUCAUGUAAAAAUUUUAAAUUGUAAAAAAAAAUAAACUCAA